AAAUUUCCUCUGAUUCUGUAGUUAUGUCUCCCUUUUCAUUUCUGAUUUUGUUAAUUUGGACACACUCUCUGUGUCCUCUCAUUAGUCUGGCUAAGGGUUUAUCUAUCUUGUUGAUUUUCUCAAAGAACCAACUUUUGGUUCUGUUGAUUCUUUUUAUGGUCCUUUUUGUUUCUGCUUGGUUGAUUUCAGCUCCGUUUUUGAUUAUUUCCUGCCUUGUACUUCUCCUGGGUGUAUUUGCUUCUUUUUGUUCUAGAGCUUUUAGGUGUGCUGUCAAGCUGGUGACAUAAGCUCUCUCCUGUUUCUUUCUGCAGGCACUCAGAGCUAUGAGUUUUCCUCUUAGCACAGCUUUCAUUGUGUCCCAUAAGUUUGGGUAUGUUGUACCUUCAUUUUCAUUAAAUUCUAAAAAGUUUUUAAUUUCUUUCUUUAUUUCUUCCUUGACCAGGUUAUCAUUGAGUAGAGCAUUGUUCAACUUCCAUGUAUAUGUGGGUGUUCUUUCCUUAUUGUUAUUGAAGACCAGCUUUAGCUUGUGGUGGUCUGAUUAGGACGCAUGGUAUUAUUUCUAUCUUUCUGUAUCUGUUGAGGCCUGUUUUAUGACCAAUUAUAUGGUCAAUUUUGGAGAAAGUACCAUGAGGUGGUGAGAAGAAGGUAUAUCCUUUUGUUUUAGGAUAGAAUGUUCUAUAAAUAUCUGUUAAGUCCAUUUGAGUCAUGAUUUCUCUUAGUCUGUCUAUGUCUCUGUUUAAUUUCUGUUUCUAUGAUCUGUCCAUUGAUGAGAGUGGGGUGUUGAAAUCUCCUACUAUUAUUGUGUGAUGUGCAAUGUGUGCUUUGAGCUUUAGUAAGGUUUCUUUUUUUUUUUUUUUUUCUUUUUUUCUUUUCUUUUUUUCGGAGCUGGGGACCGAACUCAGGGCCUUGCGCUUGCGCUCUACCACUGAGCUAGAUCCCCAACCCCUAGUAAGGUUUCUUUUAUGUAUGUAGGUGCCCUUGUAGUUGGAGUAUAGAUAUUUAGGAUUGAGAGUUCAUCUUGGUGGAUUUUUCCUUUGAUGAAUAUGAAGUGUCCUUCCUUAUCUUUUUUGAUGACUUUUAGUUGAAAAUUGAUUUUAUUUGAUAUUAGAAUCAAAUAUGGCUACUCCAGCUUGCUUCUUCCGACAAUUUGCGUGGAAAGUUGUUUUCCAGCCUUUCACUCUGAGGUAGUGUCUGUCUUUGUCUCUGAGGUGUGUUUCCUGUAGGCAGCAGAAUGCAGGGUCCUCAUUGCAUAUCCAGUUUGUUAAUCUAUGUCUUUUUAUUGGAGAGUUGAUACCAUUGAUGUUGAGAGAUAUUAAGGAAUAGUGAUUAUUACUUCCUGUUUUAUUCAUAUUUGGAUGUGAGAUUAUGUUUGUGUGCUUUUCUUCUCUUUGUUUUGUUGCCAAGACGAUUAGUUUCUUGCUUCUUCUAGGGUGUAGCUUGCCUCCUUAUUUUGGUCUUUACCAUUUAUUAUCCUUUGUAGUGCUGGAUUUGUAGAAAGAUAUUGCAUAAAUUUGGUUUUGUCAUGGAAUAUCUUGGUUUCUCCGUCUAUGUUAAUUGAGAGUUUUGCAGGAUACAGUAACCUGGGCUGGCAUUUGUGUUCUAUUAGGGUCUGUAUGACAUCUGUCCAGGAUCUUCUGACUUUCAUAGACUCUGGUGAGAAGUCUGGUGUGAUUCUGAUAGGUCUGCCUUUAUAUGUUACUUGACCUUUUCCCCUUACUGCUUUUAAUAUUCUUUUUUAUUUUGUGCAUUUGGUAUUUUGACUAUUAUGUGACGGCAGGAGUUUCCUUCUGGUUCAAUCUAUUUGGAUUUCUGUGGGCUUCUUGUAUGCUUAUGGGCAUCUCUUUCUUUAGGUUAGGGAAGUUUUCUUCUAUGAUUUUGUUGAAGCUAUUUACUGGUCCUUUGAGCUGGGAGUCUUCACUCUCUUCUAUACCUAUUAUCCUUAGGUUUGAUCUUCUCAUUGAGUCCUGGCUUUCCUGUAUGUUUUGGACCAGUAGCUUUUUCUGCUUUACAUUAUCUUUGUCAGUUGUGUCGAUGAUUUCUAUGGAAUCUUCUGCUCCUGAGAUUCUCUCUUCUAUCUCUUGUAUUCUGUUGGUGAAGCUUGUAUCUACAGCUCCUUGUCUCUUCUUUUGGUUUUCUAUAUCCAGGGUUAUUUCUAUGUGUUCUUUCUUGAUUGCUUAUAUUUCCAUUUUUAAUUCCUUCAACUGUUUGAUUGUGUUUUCCUGUAAUUCUUUCAGGGAUUUUUGUGAUUCCUCUCUAUAGGCUUCUACUUGUUUAUUUAUGUUUUCCUGCAUUUCUCUAAGGGAGUCUUUAUGUCUUUUUUUUUUUUAAAGAUUUAUUCAUUUAUUAUAUAUAAGUACACUGUAGCUGUCUUCAGAUACACCAGAAGAGGGCAUAGGAUCUCUUUACAGAUGGUUGUGAGCCACCAUGUGGUUGCUGUGAAUUGAACUCAGGACCUCUGGAAGAGUAGUCGGGUGCUCUUAACCGCUGAGCCAUCUCUCCAGCCCUCUUUAUGUCUUUCUUGAAGUCCUCCAUCAUCAUGAUCAAAUGUGAUUUUAAAUCUAGAUCUUGCUUUUCUGGUGUGUUUGGAUACUCAAUGUUUGCUUUGGUGGGAGAAUUGGGCUUGGAUGAUGCCAUGUAGUCUUGGUUUCUGUUGCUUGGGUUCCUGCGCUUGCCUCUCGCCAUCAGGUUGUCUCUGGUGUUACCUUGUUCUGCUAUUUCUGACAGACUGUCCUAUAGGCCUGUGUGUCAGGAGUGCUGUAGACCUGAUUUCUUUCAGCCAGUUAUGGGAACAGAGUGUUCUGCUUUUGGGCGUGUAAUUUUUCCUGUCCACAGAUCUUCAGCUGUUCCUGUGGGCCUGUGUCCUGAGUCCACCAGGCAGGUUGCUUGGAGCAGAAAAGUUGGUCUUACCUGUGGUCCGACGGCUCAAGUUGCUCGUGGGGGCCUGCUUUUGAGCUCUCGAUUCUACAGAGUCAUUGUCUUGUUCAACACCUAAAGAGAAAGACAUUUAUGUUCAGUCAACAGGCAAAGAGCGCCAAGCAUCACAUUCAGAAUCAGUUCCGAUUUCUUCAAGGAGGAAGGAAGCUUCUUUGCAAGUUCCUGCAAAACCAAGUGACCCUGCUGAUGAACCAGUUCAGGCUAAUGAAGUUCAUCAGAAAAUUCUGUCUACUGAUGUGGUCUCCAAAAGUACACCAGACUCAACCAAAACAUCAAGUAAAGGAGUAAAAGGUCACCAUGGUGCGUCUGAUGAAUUGUACUUACCUGGUGGCUCCCCUGUGGUUCUUCUGGGUGCAAGAGUGUCCGGGUCACAGAAAGCUAUUUCAUCUGGUGGCCAAAAAAGAGUGACUUCAAGGCGUUCAGCAGAUAUGCAGUCUUCAAAUACAGACAUUCCUUUUAAAACCAGGAAAAGGCUAAACUUCGAAGAUAAAGUUAUUUCGAACACAGCAGAAAUAGAGAGCAGUGCAUCACAAGUAGAGGAUAGCAUAUCCGAGGAACAAGAAGGGACAUCAUCAGAAACUUCUCAGAAGAGAGACGAUCUGAGCUCUGAAAUUCAACCACAAUCUAAAAAGAGCUUUUCAGAGUUGUAUUUAGAAACUGUCAACAGGAAAAGUAAAUGCAGUUCUGUUGUUAGGCACACAGCAGCAGUUCCAUCUCCUCCGUAUCCUCCGAAUGAUAUGAAAUUAUUAGAAGAUGAAUUUAUUAUUGAUGGGCCAGAUAGAAGCUUUUCAAGUCAACCUUGGGUGGUGAUACCAAGGAAAGGCCACCACAUGCCAUUUCCUGAAAACAUUGCAGUGCCUCAAGGUAAGAAGUCAAGAGAGAAACCUCAUCGUCUGUCCGAGAAGACUUUGGUAAGUAACACACAGACUGAUAAGACUGGCCCAGUAGAGGAAGCUCAGCUCUCUGUUGAGGAAAAACUGGGAACUACUUUGACAAACGAGGUGGAAAAUGAUUGUAGAUCUACAGAAAAUAAAACGCACUCUGAGAAUGCGAAAAAACCAUCUGCACGGAAAAGGACUGUGAAACAGAAGCAGAGAAGACCAUCUAAGCCUAACGUAGCUCAAGAGCUCAGUAUGGGACAGAAUGAAACUGAAAAUAGGAAUAUGUCAAAAAUUGGCCAAGACAAGUUACAAAUAAAUUCAAAAAGAAAUAUGGAAGACCAUGAAGAGGUGAGGAACGAGCCUACCCCCAAGAAACCUGUGCCUGCUCUUGGAAAUAAGAAAGAAAAGGACAGCACCCAAGCUAAUAAGGAAAAAUCUAGAAAGAAAUGUUUUUCUAGAGAGUCCAAGAGGAAAUCUGUUCCCAAAGAAGUAACUUUGGCUUCCAGGAGAGGUCGUAGAACUUCUCAGCAUCCGUCUGAGUGGUGGUUGGUAAAACCAAGUGAAGGUUCUGUUGAUGGAAAUUCUUCAAAGGAGAAUGAAUCAUCAAUUUUAUAUCCAAAUAGAAAAAAACAGACUAAGAGAAAUCACGUAUCUGAGAAUACUGAGAAGAAACCUGUUCCAUCGAAAAGAAAGAAGAAAGAGAUCAGCUCAAGAGAACUGAAGUCUUUAAAUGUAAAGGGUUCUGGAGGAAAUGAUGAUAUUUCUACUUCCCAGAGGAAGCCGUUGCAAAACAUUGACGCAGAUCCAACUCAGAAGAGCCUUCAUUGUUCUGGACCUACCAGAGGCUCUGAAGAUCAAAACAGUGAUAUGAUAUCACAGAAUGUUCAUUUAAAGACUCGUAGUGAGCAACAUAGAAGCAAGACACAAAUGGAAUCUACUUCAAAUUCGGAAGUGUGUAAACAUUCAGUGUGGGAAGAAAGUGGACCUUCCAGGUUCAAGAAUCUUGAAAUGCCUGGACGCAGUAAUUCUGAAGUGGGUGACGAAAAGGACCAGAAGAGUUUGGAUUUGAAAACAAGAAGUUCUAAUAUGGUACCGAAUAGGAAUUUACACCACAAAUUAGUAUUGCCCUCCAACUCACCAAAUGUUCGUAGAUCUAAUAGAAUACGUUUGAAACCUCUGGAAUAUUGGCGAGGGGAACGAAUAGAUUAUCAAGAAAGCUCAUCAGGAAGACUUGUGCUUGAAAUAGUGUCCCCAGCUUCAGAAUCAGUGAAAAGAAAGGCCAAAAGAAAUCUGGACAAAGUCAACAAAGAAACUAACAAGAAACGGAUCCAUCUUGAUAACCCUACAAAGACUAAGAUAAAGGUGAGUCUGGAUAUUCCUCUGGGAGAUCCCUUCCAGGCAACAUUGGCAAAGGACCCGGAAACAAGAGAGAUUGUCCCCAUGGAUCUUAUAAGACCACGAGAUACAUACCACUUUUUUGUUGAGCAACAUGGUUUGAAAGUUUAUAAAACAUUGAAUACAACAUUUUUUUCUACUGGAAAAUUGGUUUUAGGACCCCAUGAAGAAAAAGGAAAACAGCAUGUUGGUCAAGAUAUAUUAGUUUUUUAUGUUAACUUUGGUGACCUUCUAUGUACAUUACAUGAAACACCUUAUAUGCUAACGACCGGGGAUUCAUUCUAUGUUCCUUCAGGUAAUCAUUACAACAUUAAAAACCUCUUGAAUGUGGAAAGUUGUCUUCUUUUUACUCAAAUAAAAAGGUGAAAUAAAAGUGUAUGUAUAUAAAAUAGAUUGUUUAUAUGUAAAUUUUUGUAACUGAUUAUUUUAAAGUAAAAUUUUUGUUUAGUUUUGCAUUAGUUAAUCAUUUUAUACUCCUUGUUAAACAUUUCAUAGUCUUAUAUAUGUCUUUUGGUUUUUCCUCGAGUGUAAAUACUGUGCUUACUGUUGACCAUUUUGUUGGUGUUGCUUUGAUAAUAUUGAAAAAAAAAGAACAACAAAAGAAACUAAAAUCACUGCUCCCACAAUAUAAUAUCCAUCUGCUAUCAAAGAGCUGAUUGAUGUGUCCAUUCAUUUGCUGUAGUUGGUUCCAAAUAUCAAUUGUAAAUCAUUGAUCAUUAAAUAAUCGAAUAGAAA